AUGAAGCGAACGCAAAUCCUUGCCUUGAUGCUGUUGAUGACAACAACAUCGAGCGCGGUAACGGACGAAAAUAAUGGGCAGAGGAAGAAAAGAAUGGUGGUGGAGGCCGCUCCCGACUUUGUGCGCCCAUACGUGCUGCCAAAGUACAGGGGCCGGGCGACGCUGCUCUCGCGGACCGAAGUCAUCCGCCAUUCGGUGACGGCGAACUCAUCGGCUGGGGCCUUUUCGCUGGUUCAGCACAACGGAAAACAAACCGGCUACGCGUCGGCGCGCUUCCACUCCCACAAGCACGUUGACGAGCAUGUAUACUGCGCCCGAGGCCGAGUCGAGCUUUGGGCGCAGAAGAACGUGAGCAGGUCGACACAAGAAGCGCGCGUGGCACUGCCGGGCGAUUACGGCAGUUUCCCCAUCGGCACCGUCCACACGUUUCAGCUCAUCGACAACGAUGCGCAGCUCUCGCACAUCUUCAGCCCAGCCGGUUUCGAACACCUUUUUGACGUCUUCAGCGGAGGCGAUUUCGACACCAGCGGCGUCAGCUCACCAUAUGUACCACACGCGCCAGACGAGCCCAGCUUCGGACCCCUGACGCCCAAGAUGAAGGAAACGCUGGCCUCGCUCGAUCUUUACGAGCAAGAGGAGUGGGUGCCCCGGAGGGAUCUCGUCAACGGCACGGCAGGGAGCGGACGCUUCCGGUGGCACGAUGGGGCCAACGAGCUUCUGACGACCGUUGGCGACCCGUACUUUGUCGCCAAGGACCGCGGCCCCAAGUAUCUCAACACGGAGGCGGGAUACAAGAUCAUCCAGCCGCUGGCAAUGGCCGCAACAUCGCCGAAUUUGACCGUCGGAACCGUCAUCAUGUCGCCCAAACUUGGCAACGAGUCGGCGUCGACGGCCACCUUGCCUCAUCACUUCGCUCUGCAGAUGGAAGACGGACAGCUCGUGCUCGACGUCGAGGGUUACGAGAAGGCAUCGCUGCUUCAUGGAGACGUGGCCUUUGUCCCGUCCGGCGUCCAGUUUUCGUACCACGCGACGGUGCCGUUCACCAAGUUCUUGUACAUCAACGCCGGCAAGCAGGGCUUGGACCACCAGCUUCUGAAGAAGGCGAGGCCAUGGGAGCUACCGGCCUAUCCAACGUAUGCGGGUGUGAAGGUGUAA